AUGCUGGGGUUUCGUUGGCAGGUUUUGCCGGUAAUGGCUGUGCAGGUCAUAUUAUAUGCUGUGUCAUUCAUUCCAAACGCUCAUAUGUAUUUGGCAAUAACCCCUGGAAGGCUGCUCGCUCCCAACUUUUGGCUAUGGACCUUGGUGACCUUUUCAUUCUUCAAUCACUCAAUAUUUCUUCUAUGCUCUGAUCUGAUGACCAUGUUUCUUUUGGAGAGCUUUCUGUCAGUAUAUAGUUGGAUGGAGCUCCUAACCUUCUGUGCAUUCGUCAAUUUGGUUACUGGUUUGAUCACUGUCACGCUGUUGUUCAUAGAGUACGCAAUUACGUUCGACACCGAUUUAUUAUUUUCCGCCAACGUGUGCGGCAUUCUGGCUCUCUUGGGGGGAAUAACGGUCGUCGGACGGCAAAUGAUGGGUGACAAAUUACUUUUAGACUUUCCCCUGGGAAAAAUCCGACAAAAGCAUAUCCCUUUCAUGUGUUUCUUGACCGCAGUCGCACUGCGCAUUGCACAGAUCAUUGGUCAGGUUUCUUUCUGCAUGUUCACAGGAGGAAUAAUUGUUGCAUGGAUAUAUUUACGUUUUAUUCAGAAACAUAGCAAUGAGCCGCCGAUAGCAAUAGUAUCUAAUACUGUAUAUGGCGCAUUUGUUAAGCUAAAAAUAUGCGCCGAUCAACCAUCGCGCCGAACCAAUAAAAAGUCUAUUGCCCCGGUCAUGCCAUUCAUUCUGAAUGUCCGUGAACACUCACUGCCGGGAGAUAAAGAGUGA